CCCAUACUACGAGCGUGACCUUCCAAGAAGUCCGCAUGCUGCAAAAUAGGCUUGCUCUUGUCGACUCGUUUUCUCGAGAAUAAACCGUGGAAAUAUGGGAGAAGUAAGAAAAAUUUCACCGUCUACGAAAUGGGCGCAGCGAAAAGACAAAGUCUUUCUGACGAUAGAACUGGAGGAUUGUCAAACGCCUGAGAUUAAACUCGACACGCAAACCCUUCAUUUCAGUGCCAAGGGAGGAAAGGAACAAAAAAUUUAUACAUUGGAUUUAGAAUUCUUCAAAGAAGUUAUUCCGGAGAAAUCUAAACAGCUAAUAACUGCAAGGGAAAUAACAUUCAAUAUUGUCAAGAAAGAGGAAGGACCAUAUUGGCCAAGACUGUAUAAAGAAGGAAAGAAGCCCAGCUACCUUCAUACUGACUUUAAUAAGUGGAGAGAUGAAGAUGACUCUGAGGGGGAAGACCUAGGAAUGGAUGAAAAUAAUUUUGAAGCUAUGAUGAGUCAGAUGGGUGGAGCUGGUGGGCAGGGCUUUGAUCCAGGAGAAUUACAAGGAGAAGAGUCAGAUGAUAGUGAUGACGAAGAGCUACCAGACUUGGAGAGUUGAGAAUAUUUAGUUGACUGUAUAGAGAAUUCAUUAGUGCCUGACAAAGCAGCUCGGUGUCUAACUCGAACGUCUUGUGGUGGCAUGUGACCUCCAUUCUGGGGUGAUUUGCUACCCAGCUGAGAAAGUGUCAUUUGCUUUUACCUGGUGUUAAAUGUUGCAAUCUGUGUUAUUCGUCAGUCUGAAAUAAACUUGUCACUUGCUGUUGAUAAGUGACUUUUGGUAGAAGAA